AUGGACAAGCUGGUGAAGCCCGAUGUUGAAGAACUCAACCUUCACUUUACCAGAGGCCACAACUCCUCUGCCACCUUCAACCUAACCAACCUCAUGCACACCAUGUCCGUAGCGGUUAAUCUCACACCCACAAAUCCCUCUCUCUUCUCUUCCUCGCCACAGUUUUCUAUCGUCAAGCCUCUAUCCACUGCUUGCUUCAAGGUUUCCUUGGCUCGCCCCUGUGAUCUCCCGCCGGUGUCCUCGCCGCUUGACUCUGUUCUCGUCCGGUCCUCCAUGCUUCCCACCGGCAAGGCCACCCAGGAAGAUCUCCGCCGUAUAUUUUCACGGCCCGGCCCCAAUAUUUUCAAGGAUGCUAAGAUUCCAAUCUGUUUUGUUGGAGCUGAUGUCGUGGACUUCCUUCUUUCCCCUUCCUCUUCUAAUUCGUUAGAAACCAAUUUUCUACUCCCUAAGGCGAUUUCCUGGUGCCGGAAACCUCAGCUGAAUUCUCUGCUCAGAUCUGCGGCCAGGAGGGGGAAUUUCCACGCCGUUUCCGCGUUAAUUGAGGCCGGAGCAGAUGUAAACAGUAGGGAUUUCGACGGAGUCUCCGCCAUGGGGCUAGCGGUUGAGGCCGGAAGCAUUGAUUCGGUUGAGGUUUUGAUCCGGGCCGGGUACACGAUCGACAACAGAAUCGACCGGUUCUUACACCAAGCGGCGGCGAUUGACCGGGUGGACUUGAUGGAGAUCUUGUGUCUCGGCUACAUAGACAUCGAUUUCAACUCACUCGACUCCAGAAAUCAAACCGCGCUUCACGUAGCGGCAAUCCAAUCCCACGUCGAAUCCCUACAGUUUCUCAUAUCAGUAGGGUGCGAUCCCGAUCUCCAGGACGCUAACAAAUGGACGCCGCUUCACCACGCGGCGAACUCCGGCCAGAUCCGGGCGGUGGAGAUCCUGGUGAAUAGCUCCAAGCUAGCGAAGAAUCUUUUAACCAAAGACGGGAAGACCCCGUUUGAUGUUUCCGUGGAAAGGGGACACUCCGAUCUGUACGAUAUGUUGCGGCUGGGAGAUGCGUUGCACCGAGCGGCUAGGACUGGGGACGUGGGGGGUCUGAGCAAAUGCUUGGCGGAGGGGGCUAACGUGAACGGGAGGGAUCAGAACGGGUGGACUCCCCUGCACAGGGCGGCUUUCAAGGGCCGGCUCGAGUGCGUUAAGGUGUUGCUGAAACAUGGCGCUAAGGUUGACCCGGUGGAUGAUUGUGGCUACAUGCCUUUACAUCAUGCCAUUGAAAUGGGACACAGACAGAUCGCGUUGUAUUUAAUCGCUCAUGGUGCCAAACCCAAUUUCAAGGGACUUAAGCUCGCGGGAACCCAUCAUUCCCUUUCUGUAAAUUCUUUCUAG